AUGGAUCCUCUCAGCGCAUUUUCUCUCGCCGCAGGAGUUGUUCAAUUCACCGACUUCGCGGGUAGGCUGUUGAGUGAUACCGUCCAGGUCUACAAAUCUGCGACAGGUCAAUCAUCGACAACUGUAAAGUUUUCCAAAAUUGCUUCAGAUCUACGGUAUUACGUAGAUCAUAUUCAAGACAAGGCAGACAACCUACGCUCAACUACCAAGAACGAUACGAAUGUCCGCAUCUCGGAAAUUUGUAACGAGUGUAGAGAGGUCUGCACACAACUCGAAAAAGCCCUCGAGAAAUUAAGAGCUACGGGUCAGACCAGGCUGGAGAUUGCUCAGUCUAGCCUCAAGGUUGUGCUAAAAGGACUAUGGACGAAGGACGAAGUCGAUGCCUUGUUCGUCGGGCAGCAAAAUGAGAUGCUCGGGAGGCUCAGCCUUGUUGACACAACAACAAAAACAGGCUUUAGACAGGGACUUAUUGAUGUCACCAACAGUAAUGAUAUGGCAAUUCCAAAUGCUAGCACGCAACAUACCAUCGCCUGGACCAAGCUUUGGUUACCGCGUCCGGGCUACCAAGCAGAUGUCUCUCCAGGCAAGGAUGACUUGAAUUUAUACGAGAGCAUACGCGAUAGCCUCAUAUUUGCGGCUUUAUCCCAUCGAGAAAAAGCCAUACCUCUGGCAUAUAAAGAGACCUUUCGAUGGGUAUUUAAGGAUCCAAGAGUGGACAGACAGGGAAGAGUCAUGUGGUCUGAUUUUCCAGCUUGGCUUCAGGGUGAUUCCAAUUUUAUAUAUUGGGUUACUGGCAAACCUGGUUCGGGGAAGUCAACGCACCUUGAAGUUUGGGCCGGCAAUCGAAAGCUUCUGCUAGGGGGGUUCUACUUCUGGAACGCUGGAACGCUGGAGCAGAAGUCACACUUGGGGCUUCUAAAAACCCUCCUCCUUGAAUGCCUGUCAGAAAUGCCUGAACUUGUUCCUUGCGUCACCCCCAGAAGGUGGACUUUCCGAAAAAUAUUCAACAAUCCCCAUGAGUCUAUCGACCCACCUUGGUCUAUAGCCGAAUUGCAGGAGGCCUUUCAUGCUCUCGCAACUGAAGCCGGGGAAUCAUGCGUGGUAGCCUUGUUUAUGGAUGGGCUGGACGAAUUUUCUGGGGGUCACAAGGAGCUUCUCGAUUUCAUUAGUACCAUUCAUGAGCAUGGAAGGGGAUGGGUCAAGAUUUGCGUCAGUAGCCGGCCUUGGCCCGUGUUCGAAGACUCCUUCAAGAACAAUCCUAAACUUAGGCUUGAAGACUUGACGAAGCAGGACAUCGAAUAUUACAUACGAAGUAACUUUGAGUCCCACGUUGGCUUUCAAGAACUCAAAGCAACAUACGAGGCCGAAGCCGAACAUUUGAUUCACUCUAUCUCCGAAAAGCCCAUGGCGGAUGGUAGCUCCAUAUCCGAGCUCCAGGUAAUCAUCGAUGAAUUACCCGAAAAGAUCUCUGAUUUGUAUACAAAAAUAUUCUUGAGCAUUCCCUCCGAGCAUAUACAAGAUUGCUCUCGCUUCCUGCAGAUGAGGGAGCACUGGUCCAUUAUUAUGUAUCAACCGCCCGGUGAUUUCAUCCUAAGUGCCCAUGAUCUUUGGUUGGCCGAACAUGAAGACGCUUUCUCCGUGGAUAUGGAUAAAUUGACAUAUCAGCAGAAGGUGCAUAUAGCUACUUUAAUGCGACGAAAAGUUGCUAGCCGAACCAAGGGUUUGCUUGAGGUCUCGAGCGAAGGCAAGGUUGAUUAUCUGCAUCGCACAACGCACGACUGGGCAGUCGACAACUUCAGGGAUAUUACCGCAGAGGGACCUGAGGGCUUUGAUGCCUAUAUAACGGGACUCGAGAUCGAACUUCUUUCGCCUCUCAUUAACAGCUAUGAACUAAUCCGCCGGAGGCUAUUUCGCGACUCGAUGUGGACAACCGAGCCACCCGACGACGACGAAGACGAAGACGGUACUAUAAUCAUAGACACCACGGGCUCUAUAGCCUCAUCACCUAAUGCUGACGUUAUAUUAGCAGCUCAAUUCUGUAUUGUUGACUAUGUACGCGAAAGGGUUGCGCUAGACCCCUCAAUAUUAAACAGCAAACACAAUAGGCCAUCAAUACUAGAGAGUGCAAUAUUGACAUUUCCGUGUUCGAUAGGCAUUCCAGGUCGUACAUAUGUUCUGCACACUGCGGGAAUUAACAGGCCUAUGGUUACCUUGGAUAGGAAGAUAGAACUCGUGACUUUUCUUCUCGAUAACGGUGCCAAUUUUGUUUUUGGCUCUAAGACCCAGUCUCAGCUAGGAUAUAUCCAAGGGAUACCCGUUAUUAAUCUCGGAAGUGUGCGAGUAUUUACCUCCCACCCCUCUGAUAGAGACACAUAUUGCGGAGCCAUUGAGACGCUUCUAGGGAAUACGAAGUACUCUUCUCAGAGACACUAUGUAUUGAGACGCGGCAAAGUCAAGAAGAGGUUGGAAUACAGUGUUUACGAGAAGGUCAAACAGUUGUUGAAGAUUCAUGACUGA